ACUGUAUCGUCAUCGCUGAAAUUGUAAUCUCAGUACACUGACGGUAGCUCGCUUCUGGGCAAAACACAGGCAUUGCAGAAGUGACACCGAUGUUGGACUUCGUCAUGUGUAAAACACAUGCCGUCCUAGCCUUACUCUCAUUUGGAGGGAAUUUAAUUGAUCCUGGCAAACCGCUACCGCAGCUGAGGUGGUUUCCCCUUUCCGCUGAGCUUUUCGGGCGGUAAUUGCCUUUUGCCAGGUACACAUUUUUCCCCCAGAGCACUCUUAUUCAAGGAUAAACCAGCGGGAAUCCAAAUAUACCAUAGUAAUUAUCCCUGCAUUGUUGUGGAGGCAGCUCGGAGGAGGGGAUGGAUGCAAGCGAGCGAGCAGAGGCGCACCGAGGCAGCUACCUGACAGACCCAGUUCCUCUGUGAUGCAGCUGUUUAUGCCGGCUGUGAAAAACCCAGGACACCCCGACGACUGCUUUUAAAACGCUAACGAGCGAGAAAUCAGUGGCUAUUUGUUAUUCUGCACAUGUUUGGAUUGCAUAUGAAGAGCAAGGAAAGCCAUGUCUACUCUCUGCCUUACACUGAGAGAGAAUAUACCGCCGCUUUGAUUUUCUAAUUCACAUUUCCCUGUUUUCCUCGCCGAUGUGAUUUGUCCUUUUUUCCCCCCUCCCUUCUCAACCGUGAUCUGUUUUGUUUUUUUUUUGUUUUGUUUUUUGCAGACCUGCCCAGCGCUUUUGCUUUUUUGUUUUCAAAAUAUCAACUCGGUAAUAAUACAGAAGUGUGCGCGGAGAGGACAGCGUUGGCAUCUAUCCAUGCGCGCUCCACACCGGGCUAUUUAUUAUGGAACUGUGACCCCAUCCGAGGUAGCCUACAACACAUGCUUUCCCCAUCUACACUUUCCCCAAGUGUUUUCAUGCAAGGACGGGGUGUUUCGAGGAUAUAUUAGCUAAAAUGCUCUGAAUGUCGGGGUAUUUUGCCCGCUGUCAGUGACGCAACAUCUCACACAGACUGCUUGAGAAAUACAUGCGUAGAAGGGCGUGAACUUGCAGACACUAACCUCCUUCCCAAUAAUAAAGCAUCUACUUAUCUAUAAAGCCAGUUCCUCCGUUUGCAACCCCCUACCCUUCAUUCAUCUAAACUCAUUCCGGGGACAUAAUGGAUCUCAAAGCGGACUCGGAGGACAUGGACUACAAGCGGCCGGCUCCCAUUGAAGUUUUCGCCAGCAGAUCCACGCUGCAUGGCAUCUCGCACAUGUUCACUUAUGAGCGGAUGUGUAUCAAGCGCAGCCUGUGGAUUUUGUUCUUCCUGGGCUCCGUGGGUGUGCUGGUGAUGGUGUGUGUGGACCGGGUGCAGUUCUACUUCCAGUACCCCCAUGUCACCAAGCUGGACGAGGUGGCGGCUCCGAUGAUGGUGUUCCCCUCAGUCACCUUCUGCAACCUCAACUCCUUCCGCUUCAGCCGGGUGACGCGCAACGACCUGUACCAUGCUGGGGAGCUCCUUGCCUUGCUCAACGGCAGGUAUGAGAUCCGGGACCCACACAUGGUGGAGGAAAAUGUCCUGCAGAUCCUGAAGGAGAGGGCCGACUUUGACAACUAUAAACCUCGCCCCUUCAACAUGCGUGAAUUCUACGACCGAACGGGCCACGACAUCAAGGACAUGCUUCUCUCCUGCUACUACCGAGGCAUGGAGUGCAGUGCUGAAGACUUCAAAGUGAUAUUCACACGCUAUGGGAAGUGCUACACCUUUAAUUCAGGCCAAGAUGGAAAACCCCUCAUGGUGACGAUGAAGGGUGGGAUGGGCAACGGCCUGGAGCUGAUGUUGGAUAUCCAGCAGGAUGAAUACUUGCCUGUAUGGGGAGAGACUGACGAAACAUCGUUUGAAGCAGGGAUCAAAGUUCAGAUCCACACCCAGGACGAGCCGCCGUUCAUAGACCAGCUGGGCUUUGGAGUGGCGCCGGGGUUUCAGACCUUUGUCUCCUGUCAGGAACAACGGCUGACGUACCUGCCUCCACCAUGGGGGGACUGCAAGGCCACACCGAUGGACUCAGACUUCUUCAGCACUUACAGCAUCACGGCCUGCCGGAUCGACUGUGAGACACGAUACCUGGUGGAGAACUGCAACUGCAGGAUGGUCCAUAUGCCUGGAGAUGCCCCAUACUGCACCCCGGAGCAGUACAAGGAGUGUGCAGAUCCUGCCUUGGACUUUCUUGUGGAGAGAGAUAAUGACUACUGUGUGUGCGAGACGCCAUGCAACUUGACGCGCUACGGUAAAGAGAUGUCCUUUGUCAAGAUACCCAGCAAAGCAUCAGCCAAGUACCUUGCCAAGAAAUUCAACAAGACAGAGCAGUACAUAGCUGAUAACAUUCUGGUUCUGGAUAUUUACUUUGAAGCGCUCAACUACGAAACCAUUGAACAAAAGAAAGCCUACGAAUUGGCAGGCCUUCUGGGUGAUAUUGGAGGUCAGAUGGGUCUCUUCAUUGGAGCCAGCAUCCUCACUAUUCUUGAACUUUUUGACUAUCUAUAUGAGGUGAUCAAGUACAAGCUGUGCCGAUGCGUGAAGAAGAAACACAAAGGCCGCAACAACAAUGACCGGGGAGCUGUGCUGAGCCUGGAUGAUGUGAAACGCCAUGCUCCUUGCGAGAACCUGCGUACACCAUCAACAUAUCCUGGCAACAUGUUACCUCAUCACCCGGGACAGGCCAACUUUGAAGACUUCACUUGCUGAGCAGACCUGGGUGAAGCAUCAAAGUGCGUGUUAUGCAACCAAAGCCAACCAUACAACAAGAACUAUCCAACACGGGGAGUGUGUGGAACUGAUACGAAGUCUAACAGAGACACUUUUUACAUAGAAAUGGAGUAACGCAGACAAAUCAAAUACGACAAAUGCGGUGAAAGAACUUUCACCCGAGGCCAAGUGGAGAGGAUAUCCCAAAUAUAAAAAUAUCUGUUCAUUUUUCCGGAGAACAUUUCAUGCAGCACUCUGUGUUUUCCUCCGGAAUACUGCCGCAAAGGAUGCUCAUGGAAAAACCUUGCCAACACGGACCUCUCUUUCAAAAGACAAAAAAUUGUAAAAAAUAAACAAGGGAAAAUGUACAGUUAUUUCACCAUAGACAGCAGAUCAGAAAAAGAGCCCCCAUGCCUUUAUAUAACACAGCAACACACAAUGGUUUCAUACAACACCGGCUUGCUAGUGGGACAGAUAUUCAUACUGCUUACGCCACUGUACAUUUAGCAACAUCUGUAACUGUUGCAGCGCUCCAUAAAACAACAGCUGGACUCUGUGUAGUGAGAAUGUUUCUAUGUUCGCAAUGAGUUUAGUCAGGUGUGCAGGGAAGUUUACGGGGGGUUGUGGUGGCAGUUGCAGUGGUAGAGAUGCAUCAUCUACCAUUUGAAAUGUACUGGUGAUGAUUUCAGGUCUCAUCAUGUAAAUGCAUGCUUGUAUCUGUCCAGUGCAUGUUUUUCAUAUCACUUAUAAUUUGGAUUUAUAUAUAUAUAUAUAUAUAUAUAUAUAUAUAUAUAUAUAUAUAUAUAUAUAUAUAUAUGUGUGUGUGUGUGUGUGUGUGUGUGUGUGUAGAUACAUUAGAAUUACCAAGUUUGCCUCAGUGAUAUACAGGAAAAGGAAGAUGAUACAUCCCAUAUAUUUCUGUUUAUGUGUGUAGCUAUGCAGUGUGUAUGUGUGUGUGGACUCACAUGUGUUCAUGGGUGCCAACAUCAGUACCCAAGCAGGUACAGCGUGUGUUUGUUGAUUGUACAAAUGGAUGAGCUGCACCUAAUUGAAUUUCUCAUCCAUUCGUUUUUUUGUUUGUUUUUUUUUCACCCGUGCCCAAUGACUCGAGGAGUCUUCAUUCAACAUUUCCUCUUAUCUCAACUGCAGGAGGAGGUGAGAUUUUUUUUCCCCCAGGAUAGUUGAUUGCUGAAAUCCUUGGAGUUUUGUGGGGCUGUUAAAAAAUUUUCUGUAUCUGUGUUCUAGUUGCAAAAGUCUUAUCAAAGCACAAUACCGCCAGUAUGUAGAGGUGAUGUAAAAGACGACGUACUAUUCUUCUUGAUAUAUUGUCAUAUUGUUAAUAUCGUGUUGAUCCAACAGUUUUUCGGUUGUUUUUUUCUUUCAUAUAAAACAUACUCGAUAUUGCCUGAUAUCCUGUCUCCAUCUUCCAGGUAAUAGGCUGGUCUAUUUAGUUAUCAAAGCAUAAAUACAAUGUAAAUAUAAUUUUGGAAAUUGUUAUUCUUCUGAGGUUUUAUUCUUAUCAGUGAGUUUCCUCUCUGAAGCCUUUAUUUGUUCGCUUGGUUGAAAAGGUAAACAGAAGCAAAGCAAUGUAUUUUUUAACUCCAGAUACUGUGCAAAUGUUCAUUUUUAAUCACAAGUAGCUCUCAGAAAAUCUGAUUAAGCAUUCUGCGCUUCAUCUAAGGCAUUUUGCUAUCUCUGUUUUCUCUAAUCAACAUGUUAUCUUGUGUUUUGCUUCGUAUAACAUUUUCUCAGAAUUAAAUCGGCAUUAAGCGAAGGGUUUGGGGGCAGGAGCCUGGUAUUAAAAUAGAUAUUACUUAUCUACUUCUACCAUUCAUUUGUGUUGCAGUUUAACAGCUGCAAGCCACAACAUUGGUGUUUUGGAGCGCCAUACUCUUGAAAUGUAAUUACAGUUUCAGCUGCUGUAUGACAAAAGGAUGGAUGAGAAAUAUCCUGCACAGCCAAAACAAGUUUUAUCAAGAUUGUCAGUCAGCCAGCAGCCGCACAUUCUGGACGGCUUCUCUCAUAUUCUACUGUACAUCUGGUGCUGCCAACUGCCACUUAUAUCAGAAAGGUAGCUUGGUGAUGCAUGACUGUGAAUAUUAGAGCCUAGUUAUAAGCCCUUAAACAUGGUCUGCCUUGAAAUCAUGUUUGUUGCUCGGUCAGCUGCACAUCAGUCCACUGCUACGAGACAUUAAGGGUUAUUCUAGGACGAGAAGUUUACUUUUGCCUUAUUAUUUUUUCAUGAUUUCUUUUAGUGGGAAACCAAACAUCAACAUUGUUCAUCAAAUGUGAGCGUGCAUUCAUCUUUUAUUAUUCAGAAGAGAAACCUCAGCUGGUAACCACGCAUUAAUAUACAAGUGUUAAAGCUCCCGGGAACCAGCUCCAACAUCUGAUGAAGAUUUUUCCUGUUUUGAAUGUCUGAAACAUGAUUUUGCCCCCUGAUGGUUUUAUUGUUUCCUGUUGUACCUGCCAAGAAGACAAAUUAAUCAAGAAAUUAAAGACGAUACUGUUCA